AUGGCCCUCCCAAGAGAGAAGCAGGCGUCGGCGCUGUGCAGGCCGUCCAUGGCGAUGGAGACGCCCGGGCAGGAAGGGCUCAAUCCGGAUGAACCAGCCCGCACCAAGCCCGGCCGCCUCAACAGGAGCUCGUCUCUCUGCCUGCCUGUGGCUCACCGGAGCCGCCAUCGCCGGCGACCGCCUCCCUCACCUUGUGCCCCUUCUUCUUCGCCUUUCUUCCUCUCUUCCCCGAGGAGCGGGGAGCCGGUGAAUCCGUCGGUCAGGAGCUGGGCGGCGCGCCGGCGCCCUCCAUCAUCGCGGCCGUUUGGGAAGGACGCGGUCCUGGUCGAUGCGGUGUGUGGCGGGCGACGCAGGGCAGGAGGUGGCGGCGGGAUGAAUGUACAUGCGAUGGGGCACCGGCAAACAGAGGCGGGCGGCAGAGGUGCUGCAGGAGCGGUGCUCGACCGCGAGGUGAGGAGGAGGAGCAGAGGAAGGGAAGGCUGA